AAUGAAAAAAAGAAAAAGGUGAAAAAGAAAUGGCACCAAAUCAUAGCAUCUUCAAUUGAAGUCAUAAACGUUCAACCAAAGGCGAAUCCCUCCAUUUUUAUCAAUUCUAUAAUUAUCCUUCAACCAUGGAAAACCGCCGAUCCCUUUCUCAACCUCUCAUCUCCUCAACCUCCCCCGCCCCCACCACCACUCCCACUUCUCCUCACCUCUCCAAUCACGCCAUCGCCCUCCGCCUCCUUCUCGUCGCCGUCGUCGGCCUCACUUCACUAUGGGCCAAUCACGAAGCCUCAAAAGGCUUCGACAUAACAAUUCUCAACAACGCCAAAGGCUCCUCCGCCGGUCAACGUUUCGAUCUCUUCUACGUUUCAAAUGACGAAGCCACGCGCCUACUCCUCAACGCCAGUAACUUCAUUCAGAAUCUGAUCUACCCUUCACAUCACCUCCCAAAGAAGAUAAUCAAAAGCGUGCAUCUCACGCUCUCCCUCCGUGAUCUCCCUUCUAAUGUCGCCGUUGAGCAGCUCGACGGUGGUGUUGACUUCGCCGUCCAUUUGAGCCCUUCUAUUUUCAAUGGCACAAACAUGAAUCACGCCAUGUCAACGGCGGUUCUCAGAGGUAUGUCACGCGUGUGGUUAUGGAAUGGAGAGGGCCACGCGCCGCCGUCCCUCCUCGACGGAAUGGUGGAGCAUAUCGUCGCGACAGCCGGAUUUGUCGAGAAGAAAUAUCCCGGUGGGGCCGUUAGCACGCUGGCGGCAUGUGAGGCCAUGUGGUGGAAGGAUAAGGACCCUAUGGAGAUCGCAAUGUUCCUCGAUUAUCAUGAAAGACAGGGGGAGGGUUUCAUCCAACGGUUGAACCUAGCUUUGAGGUCCAGAUGGCACGAUCGGACCGUUGAUGAUGUGUUGGCUAUGCCAGAUCAGCGCCCAUGUGGUUCUUUCAACUCAUCCGCAAUCCUAUAGGGCAAUGGGUCAAAUAUUCCAAUCCACGUCGGAUGGGGUUGUCUUUGCAAAGAACCUCUUCUACUUUAUUGUUUCUUUUUGUUUUUCAGCCAUUUCGUCCUACAAUUUUUUGAAUUUGUUUAAUAUAUUUUUGUAACAUCCGAAUUGCACAACUUUGUGUUAUAAAUACUCUUUAAAUGUUGUUGCUCUGUUAAAUACUUCUUGUUUCCUUCAUUCUGUA